AUGCUCGGUUCUGGCCUCCGUUCCCGGGUCUCCAGUGAGCCCCGGGCAAAUCAUCUGAUCCCGAUGACUCAGUUUUCCAAUCUGUCAAAUAGGGUGACCAGAAACCCAGCCUACCUCAUCGGGUGGUUCCGGGCCGGCCGCCCCAGGCUGGCCGGGAGACCGCGGCUCUGUGGCUGCGCCCGCGGCAGUCUCUGCCGGCGGAGGGGCGGGGCUCGGCGGGGCGGGACCAGAAAUCUAGUCCUGCUGAAGUCGCGUAGCCCACCGCCCGCGUUCUGUCGCCCCAGGACCUCCUAG